AUGUAUUUGAAAUACUACAGUUUCGCAUCAAUUAUUUUUAUAGUACCAAAAACAUUUUUGGUUUAUUCAUAUAACUUUGAAGCUGAUGACUCAGUUCAUUACAGGUAUUAUUUGUUCUACUUGCUGGAAGCUUCUAUAAAAUUUCUUCGGAUUUUAAGUCGAGACUCUACAGCUUCAUCAUCUGUAGUUUAUAUGACCAGUACAGAUAAAAAUCGUUAUGUGUGUGAAGUUCCGAAUGUUUAUCGGGGACCUUCACCAGCGAAGCUUAUUGAACCUCUCCACCAAGAACGCGUAUGUUCCUACUGGCUUGAUGUUUACUGGACGUACGAGUUGUGUCAUGGUCGAUAUGUGUUACAGUUUCAUGAGGAAAAGGAAACUAGUCGUCGUGCUCGUACUGAGUAUUACUUGGGUAGUUACUCGCGGGAUGUUGCUAAAACAAAUUUCAACAAACAUUCACCUCCCAUACGCCGAAUUGAUGAUCGUGACUUGGCUUAUUUUCCUGUCACUUACAAACAUGGAACAGUCUGUGACUUAACUGGUAAACCUCGAACAACAGUGGUGAUGUAUGUUUGUAAAGAGGAUGGGAAAGACGGUAUUUACGCUUUUGCGGAAACUUCUUCGUGCAACUAUGAGAUGAUCGUUUUUACUGAUCUCCUCUGUGCCCAUCCAGCAUUUAAACCUGCUGUUGCUUCAGAAUAUGCGAUAAAGUGUUAUUCGAAGGAUCCUAACAAUGGGACAAUCAAACCAGUUCCUCUUUUAAAAAUGGAGGAAGAAGACGCUACAGCUCGAGAACGUGUGAGUUUUAAAGUGCAAGAUACAUUUGGAAAAUCAGUUUCAAUGCUUUUUAAAGUAAUUCAUGACCGCCAGUCAAUAUUAGUAGAAAAUCGCGUCUUAUUCAGUGGAAAAAGUUGUUUGUAUGGUGGUGGUACCGGCUGGUGGAAGUACGAGUUUUGCUAUGGGAAAAGUGUAACUCAGUACCAUGAGGACGCCAAAAAUGGCCGAGUUGAAAUACUUUUAGGGAGGUUUAACGAGGAAAUUCAGAACAGUGUUGAAGUCCGCUUACGUUGUUCGCAGUUACGGGGAAGUAAUACGGCUGUUUCCCUAUCAUUAGUUGAACCAACAACUUGUCAAUAUAUACUUCGCGCGGAGUCGUCUCGCUUCUGUGACAUCUUACAGCAGGCGGAUAAGUACGGUCUUUUCAAAUUACCUGAAUCAGUGCUGUCUUCAGGGAAGAAUCUAGAAGAACCAUCUAGAGCUCAUAAAGAGCUAUAA